UUCAAGGCGAGUUGAAAACGUCAAAAAGUCGACGAUUAUAGAGUAAGACUAUUUAAGAGAAAGAGAACAAGUUAAUAUUUCUUUCCGUUCGUUUUACAUCGUUCACAAACUGUAUAAGAUUGUGAGGGACAUGGGUGAUUCAAACAGUGCGAAUAAAAGAGAUGGCAGCACCAACAAGCCUGCCUACAACUUUACAAUCCACAAUGAGGAAGUACAAGCACUGGGAACUAGAUUUAAGGUAGUUUACGCAGACGAAGGUGACAAGAGUGGGCCGGUUAUCCUAUGUAUACAUGGUGCACCAGCCACUCAUAAAUCCUACAGGCAUCUCGUACAUGGUCUUACAUCACACGGAUACAGGGUCAUUUUACCAAACUUGCCAGGUAUGGGGUUAACAGAGUUGGACCCGGAUGGUGUCUAUAACCACACUACUGAGCACAAAGCUGUAGUCAUCAAGGAACUUCUGUCAAAACUAGGCGUCAAAAGUAUUGCCAUGGUGGCAGGUCAUUCCAUGGGAGGUCAUGUGACUUGUCAGCUCGCUGCUGACCCAGAACAAGAGGGCAGUAUUAAGUCGAUAUGUCUGUUAUCAUCUGCUGGUGCGAGGCCUCACAAGCUGUUCAGUCCUUACUGGCUUUUCUAUUUUCUUGGUGUAGUGCUAUACUUUGGCAUUCAGAUUCCCCUUAUUGGUCCAGCAAUCAGGAGAUUGGCAUCUGGUAUUGUGUCUUCGGCAGGUCUUAGAGGGCUGACACGAGAUUCAGAAGUAUUCUCUUUCUAUGAAGGUUCCCAGCUUAACUUCAAAGAGUUUAUUUCCAAUGUGUCCAGACUAGCAGAGAUUAACCUACCGGCAAUCUGCAUUUACAGUCGUAAUGACAACUUUGUCGAGCGACCUGUCUUGGAAGAUACCAUUCAGAGGCUAGGGAUGAAUCUUAAUGACACCCUCCAUUAUGAUAAAGAAGGCAUAAAAAUGGAAAAGUCCAAAGAUGGGGCAACCAAGAGAUCAGUACUGUUUGAAAAAGGAACACAUAUGGUGCACUACGUCUACCCAGACGAGGUCGUCAAGGAAAUGGUAUCUUUCCUACAAACAGUGGUACAACCCAUGUAAUCCUACAAUCACUAUGCUUGUUGGAAAUGAUCCAUUGUCCAGUAGAGGGGAGUUUGUCAUACAAGUUUGAGGUUCUGAUCCCCAUGGAAGUUUUCGCUGUCCUGCUGUUGCCUGUUUUGAUAUCUUCUGCAGGUACAUUUAGACUGUACAAUGUGUUGGUCCCAUUUGUCUUUCAGCUUAAAAAAUGGACUAUGUUUGAAGUGAUUUAUUCUGCACAAUUUAAAUUGUACGAAAGCGGUUAAUUCAAGUGUAAUACCUAAUGCGUAAUGUGUGUAAUUUGGUUGUAGACCACAUUUAAUAAAAUGGUCUAAUAACACGAUGUCAUUUAUAGUACAAAUUUUUUGUAUCAAUAUUACGUGCAAUAUUUUUAUCCACUAAGUGUAGAAGUGCGAACAAAUAGGGGUGUCGUGGCUGAGCGGAUAAGAGGACCGAAUUCAAGCUGUGGUGACUCGGUUCAACAGAGUGUGGGUUCGAAUCCUGGUUAAGACACUUGUGACACUGACAAGACACUUAACUAUUAAUAAUUGCUUCUCUCCACCCAGGGGUAAAUGGGUACCUGUGAGGGCAGAGUUGGUUCU